AUGUUCUCCACCAAACUCAGCCGCGUAGCGAACCGGGCCACCUGUGCUGCCGCCCACAACCCCUCGGCCACCGCUCACCGCAGCACUUCAUGUCUGGCCACCCGCCGCUCGCAUCAGCGACGACACUCCAGCAGCAAAGCAUCUUGCCCUCCCGAUAGCAGUCCCAGUGGCGGUAAGCCAGCGCCGGCCACCGAGGCUGCGAGCGGGAAGACGGAGCCCGCGGGAUCCCAGACGUCGCAGAGAGGGCAGAAGAGGGUGUCCAGCAAGAGUAGCAAGAAGGCACGUACUGCUGCGGCGGCGGCGGCCAAGUCAGAAGAUCAGUUUGCAGGACUGCCUUCUGUUCCUGGCACGCAGCACAUCGAUGAGCGUGGUGAGUGGAAGCACCUCAGAUUCGCCUUAUCACUCAACAAAACAGAAGCUAACUUUGUACCGAUUAGAUCUGAGAAUCUCUUCGUUCUUCGCACUACACAGGCCUAUCGCCGUCGGUACCAGCAUUCCCCGCGUGACCAGCACGGAGGAAUUCGACCAUAUUUUCGAAGCGCGAAAAGAGGCGAAUCCCUGGGAGAAUGGCAACUCCGCCGAAGGACGCCCGGAAAACGUCGUCUACGCCCUUGGCAGCCUCUUCGAGAAUUUGGAAAUGAACGAGCGGGAACUCCAAGAUGAUGGUGUGCGAUGGGAGGUCAUGCAGGAGAGCCCGAGCAAUCAGGAUGGAGUCACACAUCUGGACGGCCAGCCUCGAUUGAAGAGCAUCGACGAACAGGUCGCGAAUUUCAAGCCUUUCAAUGCGCCGCCGCCUCCCGAGCCAUUUCCCGCGGAACAAAUGAAGGGCUCGGAAAAGAGAAAGGCCACGUCGAAGCCCAAACAGAAGAGCUAUGAGACGACAAUCAUCGUGACGGAGUACACCGAUCAGCACGGCCAACGCUCUUACACCGCGGAGUCGUCACCGAUUGUGCAGAUUUCUACACCGAAUGCGCCGGCUAGCGUUGAGGAGCCCCAGCGAUUACCUUUCAUCGACCGCAUGCGACGUCAUCGUCAACAACAAUUCCAACUGCGACAGCGAGGCAUCGUUCCCAGUAUCCGAUGCGCUCCGAGCGCUUCCAGACAACGGACCAUGUUCCUCAUCUCCGUCAAGCGCCAACGGAAGCUGAAGAUGAAGAAGCACAAAUACAAGAAGCUGAUGAAGCGGACGAGAAAUCUGCGGCGAAGGCAGGAUCGUGCCUAG